GCGGCUGUCAGGUUGUCGAGCCGUUCUUCCGUCUGCUGGCUGCGGAAACGAGAGAAAGAGAGAGAGAGGGGAGGAGGGGAACAACCCGAGCGAGCGAGUGUGUAAGUCUGCGAGCGACAACGGCAGCGAAGGAGGAGGGCGCAUUCUUAAAAUAAUCAAGAAUAAAAAUACUCAGCCGGUCGGCGAUGGGGGACAAGGCGGGAACCAGAGUCUUCAAGAAGUCCAGCCCCAACUGCAAGCUCACAGUGUACCUGGGGAAGAGAGACUUUGUCGACCAUCUGGACCAUGUGGACCCUGUGGAUGGAGUCCUCCUGAUUGAUCCAGACUACCUUAAAGACAGAAAAGUGUUUGUGACUCUGACGUGUGCGUUCCGCUAUGGCCGUGAGGAUCUGGAUGUGCUGGGGUUGUCAUUCAGGAAGGACCUGUACAUCUCCACCUUCCAGGCCUACCCGCCACAGCCCGAGGAGCGCCGGCCACUCAGCCGCCUGCAGGAGAGGCUCCUCAAGAAGCUUGGCCAGCACGCACACCCCUUCUACUUCACUAUCCCUCAGAAUUUGCCCUGUUCAGUCACCUUGCAGCCUGGACCAGAGGACACUGGCAAGGCCUGUGGGGUGGACUUCGAGAUCAGAGCCUUUUGUGCCAAAUCUGUGGAAGAGAAGAUUCAUAAGAGGAACUCUGUGCGGCUGGUGAUCCGCAAGGUGCAGUACGCCCCGGAGAAGCCCGGCCCACAGCCCAUGGUGGAAACCACACGAAGCUUCCUCAUGUCGGACCGCUCGCUGCACCUGGAAGCCUCCCUGGACAAGGAGCUGUACUACCACGGCGAACCCAUCAGUGUCAACGUCCACGUCACCAACAACUCCACCAAGACUGUGAAGAAGGUGAAGAUCUCCGUGCGGCAGUAUGCUGAUAUCUGUCUGUUUAGCACUGCCCAGUAUAAGUGUCCUGUGGCUCAGGUCGAGGCUGAUGACCAGGUGUCACCCAGCUCAACGUUCUGCAAGGUAUACACCCUGACGCCCACGCUCAACAACAACCGAGAGAAGCGUGGCCUGGCGCUGGACGGCAAGCUGAAGCAUGAGGACACCAACCUGGCCUCCAGCACCAUAGUGAAAGAGCCUGCUAACAAGGAAGUGCUGGGUAUCCUGGUGUCCUACCGGGUGAAGGUCAAGCUGGUGGUGUCACGUGGAGGAGACGUAUCAGUGGAGCUGCCCUUUGUCCUAAUGCACCCCAAGCCUUCUGAUCAGCCUUCCUCCCGGCCGCAAUCAGCUAUUCCAGAAACCGAUGCUCCAGUGGACACCAACCUGAUAGAGUUUGAGACAAAGUGAGAAUCGCUGUCCUGCCUGUCUGCUCCCCGC